GUUCAUCGACACUUAUACAUACAUCAAAGAAAAGAAAACAACGCUUUCAAUCGUGGGCCUCCCCGGCAUAGAGCGAAUCGUCGGUUUGUAAUCAUCAGAAGACUCGAAAUCCCCCUUCCUUUCUUCCCCCGGGUUAUCCGCAGUCAUGAUGGCGCCCCCCACCAAGCUCACCCCAGACGACCCCCGCGUCGAGCGAAAGACCAUCGAGGUCCGCGGCAAGACCUACGCUUAUAUCCUGGGCAAGCCGGAGGGCACCGACACGCCCAAAGACACCGUGGUCCUGAUCCACGGCUUCCCCGAUACCAGCUUCGGCUGGCGCUACCAGAUCCCCUUUUUCCAGUCCCUCGGCUAUCAAGUCAUCGCCCCCAACAUGCUGGGCUAUGAAGGGACCUCCUGCCCCGAAGACCUCGAGUCCUUCAGUCUCAAGAGCAUGUCCGACGACGUGGCCGCCAUCUGCGCAUCCCUCCUCGGCCCGGAGACCCAGAUCAUCCUCGGCGGCCACGACUGGGGCGGCUUCCUCGUCUGGCGCCUCGCCCUAUGGCACCCGAACCUGAUCCGCGGCGUCUUCUCCAUCUGCACCCCGUACGCGCCGCCGACCCCGCGGCCGAUCGACCUCCGCGCGCUGGUCGAGUCCGGCAGGCUCCCGCACUGGGGGUACCAGCUGCAGCUCGCCAGCGGCGAGGUCGAGGAGAAGCUGACCACGCCGGAGGACAUCCGGCGCUUCCUCGCGUGCGUAUGGCUCGCCACGGGGCCCAACGGCGAGCACGGCUUCUCCGUCGAGAAGGGCGUGCUGUUCGACGAGCUCCCCAAGAUGGGCGAGUCGCCCGUGCUCAGCCCCGAGGAGAUGGACGAGUACGUCCGCGCCUUCACCGCCGGCGGCCUCCGUGGCCCGCUGAACUGGUACCGCACCAAGAGCAUCGUUUUCGAGGAGGAAAAGCCGCUCGCCGACAAGGGGCCCUGCAAGGUCGCGGUGCCGAGCUUGUUCGUGCAGGCUACCCACGACGCCGCCCUCCCUGCGUCCAUGUCGGCCGGCAUGGAGAAGCACUUUGAGGACCUGACCACCAAGUCCGUCGUCACGACGCACUGGGCCAUGGUUAUGGCGCCGGACGAAGUCAACGCUAUCCUGAAGGAUUGGAUUGAAAGCAAGUUGUAUGGAGAGGCCAAGCCCUCCUUGUGAUAUUAGGCCCUUCAGCGUCAAUAUUCCAAGUCCAACAUUGGUGUUUUGGCUCCCUUCACUAGGCGUGCACCGUUGCGAAGAGACUGAGAGUUGAAUCUGACAGAAACGAUGUGCCAU